GUUACAGGAUGUAAAGUGAACGCAACGGAAAGGGAGUGGCAAGUUCACGUUGGCGUUUGUACGUGUGGCAGCAGCUGUUGGUGCGGCACCAGGAGGAUGACAGCUCGUCACUGACGCUCAUAAAGCAGCUAUGGUGGCGCUCGACACGAGGGCGCUGACGACGCCCGUGGGCAUUUUGCGGAUUCUGGAGGUGAUCCUGACCUGCAUCUCCUUCAGUCUGGCGCUAUCGGUCGGGACCUCGACAGACUCCUUCUGGACCUGGUGCUUGUUCACCUGGUGUUUCUGCUUCGUCGUCACCAUCCUCAUCCUCUCUCUGGAGUUCCUGAGUCUCGGCUCCAAGCUGGCUAUUUCCUGGGAAGACUUCACCACUGCCUUUGCCAUGUUGGCCACGCUCAUGGUGUUCAGCACAUCGGUCAUUUUCGCCUUCUACUUCGCGUGUUCUUCGUGUUCCAAGUUCAUCGCCGCUUGCGUGACUUCCUUUCUGGCCUUCAUAUUGUACGCCACCGAGGUCAGCUUGACCCGGGCCAAACCUGGAGAAAUCAGUGGAUUCCUUUCCACAGUCCCAGGUCUCCUGAAGGUGCUGGAGGCCUACGUGGCCUGCAUCAUCUUCGUAUGUGUGCGCUAUGUCCCGUACACGCACUUCCCGGGGCUGCAGUGGUGCGUGGCCGUCUACUCCAUUUGCUUCAUUUUCGCACUCCUCGUCAUCAUUUUUACCAUUUGCCGACUUCUGUCCCUCUCUCCAGUUCCCUUUGACAAAAUUCUCAUUGUGUGCAAUGUGUUGGCGGUUUUGAUGUACAUGACUGCUGUGGUCUUGUGGCCUUAUUACACUUUAAAGGAUAAUCCCAGACCAGCUAUCUGCAACCAAUUUCCAAAGUCGUGUGGGUGGAAUUUGCUUGUGGUCGUUACCUUUAUGACCAUUUUCAACCUUGUUGCUUAUAUUGUUGAUACAUUUUAUUCCUUCCGGCUGGUCUUCUUCAUGACUAGAACCUAAUGUCUAGUUUUUACUUCAAGAUUGGAAAAUCUGAAUAUACAGCCUACCGUGUACCACGUGAAACAAUUUAAUUGAGUGAUUUCCAAUUCAUAUAGAUUGACAUAUUCUCCAUUUUUGAUGCAGUGUUGUUAUCUAUUGGCGCUUUCACUUGAUGCCACAAACUCAUUCAUUCAUGCGCUAUGACUGUUACCACAAUGUGACCUCUGCUUCAAAUGAAUAAAAAUGUGACUUUUCAACAAUCAUAUCAAAUCAAUCACAAAAACUGCCUUCUACCAUUUGAAGAACAUAGCGAGAGUGAAGUCUUGUACGUGUCAAGCAGACCAGGAAAAGUUCAUCCAUGCUUUUAUCUCAAGUAGACUUGACUAUUGUAAUGGUCUUCUGACUGGACUCCCCCUGCCCAAAAAAAGACUAUUAAUCAGCUGCAGCUCAUUCAGAAUGCUGCACCUUGCGUUCUGACCAAAACAAAGCGGUCAGAGCAUAUAACGGCUAAUCCUAAAGUCCUUGCACUGGCUUCCAGUCAGCUUUAGAAUAGAUUUUAAAUUUCUGAUGCUGCUCUAUAAAUCACUAAAUGAUUUACGCCGUGAAUACAUGAAAGAAAUGCUUACGGAAUACAAACCCAGUAGAGCUCUGAGAUCGACUGACUCGGGUCAAAUAGUGGAGCGCAGAGUCCAAAGCAAACAUGUGGAAGCAGCUUUUAGCUAUUAUGCUGCACACAAAUGGAAGAAGUUGCCAACAGA